CGAGUGGAGUAAAGCGGAGGAGGCGCUCCAAUGGUGGCGGAGUCCUGAAGGCUUAGGGAGCGGGCGAGGGAGCGGGAGCGGAGAUGAUACGGUACCAGGUGCGGAACGAGUACGGGCUGGCGGAUCCGGCGCUGUACGCGCCCGAGGAGGAGGAGGAUGACCCGGAGGCGCUGCUCGAGGGCGUCGCCAUGGCCGGCCUCGUCGGCCUGCUCCGCCAGCUCGGGGAUCUCGCAGAGUUCGCCGCAGAAAUUUUUCAUGACCUGCAUGAAGAUGUAAUGGCCACUGCUUCUAGAGGGCAUGGUUUGAUGCUUAGAUUGCAGCAGCUAGAGGCAGAAUUUCCUGCAGUUGAGAAGGCAAUCAUAGCACAGACCGACCAUUCAAAUUAUCUACAUGAUGAUGGUGUUGAGUGGCAUUCAAAUCUUCAGCUUAAUCAGAAUUUGAUCACGAUAGGAGAUAUGCCUCGUUUCAUUUUGGAUUCAUAUGAAGAAUGUCGUGGCCCACCACAUUUGUUCACAUUGGAUAAGUUCGAUGUUGCUGGUGCUGGGGCCUCCUUAAAACGAUAUUCAGACCCCUCUUUCUUUAAGAUGGGACAGACCUCCAACAUGAUUGAGCCGGAUUACUUAAGAGAGAAGAAGCCCCGUAGGAUAAAGAAGAAGGCUAUGCGAAGGAAAGGGGAAACACUCGAAUCAUUGCUUAUUGCGAACUCUGAGUCUCAAAUUACUUCCUCAAAAGAUCGAUCUUCUAGAAAAGUUCCACCAAGGACAACAAAACUGAAAUCCAGGCAUUUACGGGAUUCUUAUAAUAAAACUAUAAGCAGAAUCUGCAGGGAACAAUUGCAAGAAGUAAUUUCAUCACAACAAAAGAUCUUGUCAAACUAUUCCGCAAGGAACUUCCAUGCAAAAUUUAGGUCAACUGACUCAAGUGAAAUAAUAUCUUCAUUUGGAGAAUUAGACAAUUUCAGUGCUUCCGCUCAGUAUUUUACUAAACAUGAACUGACGAAGGUUGUUCCGGUAGAUGAAUCUGAUACCUUGGUGACUGCAUCUGCACCCAUUAAUGGACAGGAUUUCCUUGAGGUAGAUGAUGGUCAAUUUCUGGCAACACAACAGGAACAUUUCGAAAUGGAACAAAUCUGCAAGGGAUCUCCAUUGCAGUCAGUGCAGGAAGAGAAACUUCAAUUGGCUGUAGAUCCUGUUUACCAUGACGAUGAUCCCUGCAGGCCUGAUAAUAUUGGUAGUGAUCAAGACAAGUUUAUUGACACCCUUAAUACUGAAUCAGAAGGUGAAGCCGAUCAUAGCAUGAAAAGUCAAAAGAAUCUCAGUGCCAAAAUGGAAGUGGAUAAUUUGAACUGUGAUGGCAAGGAAGCUGAAAGUGUGCUGGAUGUACAGUUUCCAGAACUAGGCCCCGCGGAAGUCCUGUCAUCAGGGUUGAGCAAUCCAUGCAAUGACACAGAACCAACCCGUGCAGAUUCAUUUCUGCUAAGUGACUCUUCUCCUUCUGCAGUGUCAGACACAAAAGAUACAGACUCUGAUUCAGAUUCUUGCAAACAAUUGAGCGGUGAUAAUUGGAUCAACGACAAAGAGUCUUGUAAUGAUGUUGAUCUAAUGGAUGUCAGCUCAUCAUCCAGUGUAACCUCUGAUGAAAAUGGUAACUUUGAAACUGAGACUAAUCUCAAUGGCUCUGUACAAAACCAGGAGGUGUCUAUUCUCCCUUCCAAUGAUCAUGCUGUUGCUAUCCCUAGUUCUGAAAAACAGUUAUCCCAGACAACUAGUGGCUUGGAUGGUUUGGCUAGCAUUAGCAGUGAUUACCAUGAAAUAGCAUAUCGCUCAGCGGAGGGUGGCCAAAACAAGGUGGAUGAUACUUCUACGAUAUCUGGACAACCCAAUGAUGUUUCACAUGCUGGUGGAAAAUUUGAAGUUCCACAUGCUGAUGAUUCUUUACUCCAUAGUAGGAUAGUCAAUCAAGAACAGUUACAGUUGCCCAAGAAACAGUUUGAAGAAUGCACAUCUCUAGGUACAGCUGUCCAAGAAACAGAUAGCAAAUUUGCAUCACUGCCAGACAUGGAUCCUGUUGUGCACAUGAAUGACUUGGAGUUCAACAAUGUUGCACAUCCUGCAGAAAUUUAUACGAGUACAACUCCAACUAGUUUGUAUCCUGAUGGUUCCCACAAGCAUCUUGAUAAGCUUGAUUCAGGAGUUAUACCAAUUCAUUCAAGCACGCCGGAUAAUCAGUUGUAUGAAUCAGAUCAUGGUAAAUUGGUUGAGGAAUUGCACUGUUUACCAGAUGAAGAUCUAUAUAAGCAUGUUGCAGAAGAUCAAGAAAUGGUUGUGCUGGAAAAAGGGCCCUGUUCAGUUUGGCUCGACGCGCACAGAGAAGAUUCCAUGCAGGCGUCUGUUGUGCCCAUGCACUUCUCUGAUGUUCAAGUGAUCCCAGAAUGUACUGAAUCUGUACCGACUUCUCAACAUGACACGGCAGCUCAUCCAAGUGAGAUGCUGGAACCAUCUCCACAAGUAUUGAAUGAUGAUAUAAAGCCAUCGUUGAUAGAUGCCCCACCAGCUUCUAGUACUGCCCCUAUACUUGGUACCAGCAUGUCCUGCAUGGAAUACCAUGAAUCAAUUGAAACAGGGAAAAAUGUGGAGUGCGGUGAAGUUCUAGUUGAUGCUGAGCUUGUAGAAGAAUCGACUACCAGCAGGUUUGAAGAUGACAUGAUACCUUCUGAAGAGGAGCACGGUGAUGGUGCCAAAUAUACUGAGAAAUCAGAGGUUCUGCCAACAAAUUAUAGGGAGGAAAACUCUAGUCAUGAUGUACCAUUGCAGUCCAGUCCUUUCAGAGAAGACAUUGAAGCAGGUGAAGCUACCUGUGAAAACCUUGGAUCACUAGAAGAGUCAAGAGGACAUAUCUAUAGAGAAAGUAUGUUGCAGACAGCCAAUCUUCCACAGCCUAUUGAAAUAGGAACGUCAGGCAAAACACUGGGUGGCAGUGAUGAUAUUCUAUAUGUUCCACAUUCACAUUUUCCAGAAGAAUCUUUUUGUCAAGAGGAAUUACCAGAUGAGACCACUCUAAUUGCUGAAGAAGUUCCAUGUCAAUGUAAUUUGGACAAGGAUGUUACAGUAAGCUCAAACAGUAACAUGGUGGGGGAGCAACUAUCAGAUGUCGAUCAAGACUUGGUGAGGGUGUUAUCUGCUCAAGAUUCCUUUGGCACAAACCCAUUCGUCGAUCCUGGGUACAUAGUGAGCUCUACUGAUCCUUUGCCCAGUAUGAGCUAUCAACCAUGUUGCUCUGAAGAAGAAGAUGAUUUUCUCUCAGAACUUCUAAUCCAGCAGGUUAACAUUGGAGCAAAAGAGAAUCUGUACCUGCUUGAUGAUUCUCUUUGGGAACCUGCAACUCCACCCGAUGAAGCACCAUUACCAUCAGAAGUCAUGACUGAACAGGACUUCAGAUCCUUGUGCCAUGAAUACCAUGAGAUUGAUUUUACUGCUGCCACAGAAGGCUUUGAUUGUAAACCAUCCUCAGAUUCUAAGGAUAUUACAGCGGAAUGUUCUCAGCCGGAAUUAGACCAGGUAGCGGUUUGUUCUCAGCCGGAUUCUCAGCUUGCUGAAUGUUCAUCUGCCAUGGAUAUAAUAGGCGAAACAUUUGUGCCCAUAUCUGCCAUGGAAGUUCCUGAUGGCGGGAAACAAGCAGUGGAUUCUGACUUGAGAUCUCACGAGUCUCUCGGCGAUGUGAGAAAUCCUGAACUUGAUAUCCCAUCUGUUCCAGUGAAACUAGAGCAGGAACAACAUCCCUUGCCUGAGGUUGUUUCGGAUAGUGGUAUAUAUGGUUCUCGUUCAGGCAACAUUAUUCCAGUGAAAGAAGAGCAGGACCCCGGUGCUAACCUUCUUCCACGAGCUUUAAUUAAUGAAAAGGUAGGUGAACUGGAUGUUCACUCGAGUAACUCACCAGUGGAACCGGUGGUAGGAGCACGUGGCUUGGAUGAACUAGAUGGCCUUCCUUCAAGGAAACCUAUUGCAACCCAGGAAUCAGACGGUUGUGUCUUGGAUGAACCUAACUCUCAAUCUGUUCCACCUUCCUCAACGGAUAAGACGGUUGACAAUAUAGAUGUCCCUCCUCUGAGGAUUGCUCUUGCAGCUGAGGAGUCUGAAAAUCGGUUUACAGGUGAAAAUGUUUCUCAGAUUGGCACAUCUUCCAUUUGUGAGAAGAUUGAUGAAUCUGGUGCCCCUCCUUCGAGCAAUGUUGUUCUUGUGGAAAAGGAGGCACAGGUUUGUGCUCCAGGUGAACUUGAUUCUGAAAUUGCAUCAUGGUUUUUGCCUAACAAGAAAAUAGACGAACUAGAUUGUUCUCCUUUGAGUGGUUCUGUGUUGGUAGAAGACGAGUUGGAACAUCAUGUCUUAGGUGUUCCUGAUUCCCAAAUUGCUCCAUAUUCGUCAGUAAAUGACAAGACUGUCGGGCCAGGUGAUGCUACAUCAGUAAAUGAUACAGAGGUAGGGUGGGAAACUUGUCCGUCUCCUGAAUUGGAUCCUCCGGUUGCUCCAUGUCCCUUAAGUGAUCACAAUGUCGGUAAACUAGACGUGACUCCAUCAUGCAAUGUCCAAGUGGAAGCAGAGGAUGAACCCUAUCACUCACCUGAACUUGGUACUGGAAUUGCUCCAUAUUCUUCAGCAAAUAAUAAGAUUGAUGUAGCAGGUGCUGCUACAUCAGUAAAUGAUACAGAGGUAGGAUGGGAAACUUGCCCGUCGCCUGAAUUGGAUCCUCAGUUUGCUCCAUGCCCCUUAAGUGAUUACAUUGUUGGUAAACUAGAUGAGACUCCAGCAUGUAAUGUCCAAGUGGAAGCAGAGAAUGGACCCUAUUACUCACCUGAAUUUGAUACCAGAAUUUCUUCAUAUUCUUCAGUAAAUGAUAAGAUUGAUGUACCAGGUGCUGCUACAUCAAUACAUGAUAUGGAGGUAGAGGAAGGGUGGGAAGCAUGUGCAUCCCCUGAAUUGGAUUCUCAAAGUGCUCUGUGCCCCAUGAGUGAGGACAGGGUUGGUGAACUAGAUGGAUCUUCGUCAUGCAAUGUCCAAGUGGAAGCAGAGAAUGCGUCCUAUUGCUCACCCCGAAUUGCACCGGGUUCUUUGAAUUCUAGUGCGCUAGCUGAGAGAUCAGCAAUGGCUUCUACUUCUGUCAUGCAUAGUACCGAGGAGAACUAUCGGGUCUCUCCUGUUCCACCACACACUGAACCGUUUCCAAGUGUAUGCAGUGAAGAUCCUCCAAAACUACCCCCUCUUCCUCCUCUUCAAUGGAGGCUUGGAAGGCCUCGACUGGGAUUUCUGAGUACAAAAGACCGUGUGCCUGACCCUGCAAGCACAACAACUUCCAUUUUGCCUGUAUCGAGCCAAGAUAUGGAUAAUGGCCUAGUUUCACUUGACCAAAUGGAAGAACCAAUAGCGUCAGUUUCCUCUCAAGAUAUCCAAGAGAGGUAUCAGAAUUUUAUGGUAGACAAUAGUGAUCAAAGGGUAGAAUCUGGAAAACCUUCUACACUUCAAACAGUAAAUGAUGUCACAGGGGAACAUGACAUGCCAUUUUCAGAGGCUUGUGGGAACAUUAAGCAUGAGGGGCAUAUCACUUCAUCACCAACGGAGGCUGAAGAACAUCGGAAUGGCAGUGGGGCCACUGAACAUGUAAUUAAGCAGCAAGAUCGCCAACAGCACCUCUUAUGUUCAGAUAUUUCAGGCACCACUGAGCAUCUGAAAUCUACCGAUCCAGCUGCAUCGGAGGAUGACAAAACGGUGGAUGAUCACAAUGGUGCACGUAACGUGCAUUUACACACAGCGAGCCCUUCAACAGCAGGGCAUGUUUCUAAAAAUGGUAGUUAUCGGCAAUCUCUGCACGGGGAAUCGUUAUCAGGGACUUCAGACAAGGAAGAGCAUAGUUCAAAUGCAUCAGAUGAGAAGAAUCUGAAAGACCAGUCAAUCAUAAGUGGGUUACCUUCAGACACAACAGAACAUACUGCAUCGCACUCAGUGUUAGAAGAAGGCAAUAGCCAGGAGAGUAAGUUACAGGAAAAAGAUGCGGACAACCUCAAGGGUGGUCCGUCUGAAGGCCAGUCACAUACUGCAGAAUCAAUGGUAUCUGAAGAUUAUCCUCAUGGUGAUCAUAACUUGGACACAGAGAGUAUACUUCAGCCAAACCCGUUGUGGCCUAGCAAUAUAAGUAAAUAUCUUGAUGACCUUGGUGAAGGCGGCUAUGCACAUGCCGAGCAGCCACCAGUGACGGGAUGGACUGUUGGACCUCAGAUGCUUCAUCCUAAUUAUGGAAUAUCAUCGGAAGGGAGCCGGUUUGAACCUGAGGUCACAGAUUAUCGCUUGACCAGAAAGCCAGUUUCAGUGAGAAACAUCCCAAGAAAUCCACUGGUUGAUGCUGUUGCUGCUCAUGAUCGAAGCACGAUGCGGAAGGUUUCAGAGCUUGCUCCCGCCACAGAUAAGCCAAAUACCAAUGAUAAAAACUUGUGGCUUGAGCAGAUAAGGAACAAAGUUGGAGAGCUUGCUCCCACCGCAGAUAAGCCAAAUACCAACGAUAAAAACUCGUGGCUUGAGCAGAUAAGGAACAAGACCUUUGACCUGAAACCAGUGGGUUCUGCUCAACCGACAUCCAUGAGAGCCCCUGCUAGGGCCUCUAGUGGAAACUUGAGAGUUGCUGCAAUAAUAGAGAAAGCGAAUGCCAUACGACAGGCGGUGGGAAGCGAUGACGAAGACGACGAUAAUUGGAGCGACACAUAGAGCACCAGCUAUUUUGCCCUCCUGGUGUUCUUGUCUUGGCAGAAAGGUGCCAAACCAGCAAGAUCUUGGACUGGGUGCACAGCCAUGCAUGCCAUCUUAUGGUCCUGAGACGUCUUGUCUCUUGUACAUAUAGUAUAGGGAAAUGCCCAUAUGUUUAUGUCUUUUUGCCAUUCUUCUCUCCAUUCUUUUUGGCCUCGCUGUGUGUAUACUUGCCUCCCCCGGCAGCAAAGGCUGCAGACGGUAGGCAUGUUCUUAGGAGACCAAUUUGUUCAGGUCUAGUGUAAAUUGUUAACCUCUCAUUCUUAGCCUUUGUUUGCAUUAUAGAUCUAUAGUACAUUUAUCUUGAAAUGCAAAAUGGAUUAGCGUGCUGUGAUCA